GGUCAAUACCUGGGAGCAGUUCGGUAUUGUCUGUUGACAUUUACAGUCGUUUCAGUCGCUGGCUUAUAUCGGUGCGCUCAUGUAAUUUAUUCAGAUAUCCCCUUGUUGGUUUAAAACAACUGCGGUGCGAUAUUUCGCAGUGCUUCGUGCGAAAGUGCGAUCGGAAAAGUGAAUUAAAAGAGAAAACUCUAAGAAGCCUUCGCGAGCCAACAUAAUGGGUGACCGCGGCAGGAUGUACAACGAGCGGAAUAAUAGUCGCAGCAACAGCCGAAACAACCGCAUGUCCGGUUCCACUGGGUCUGUGGACCGCGAUCGCGAUCGCAAUCGCUCCAACUUCAAUCACAUUCGUAGACCAAUACCCGUGCGCCCUGUCAACCCCGUGAAUGAAGUUCACUUCUACGAGGAACCAGCGGAGAACUUCUACCCGGCUAGGUCGCCCAUGGGUCGCCCACUCUACUACAGCGCUCAAAACAACAUGCCUGGUCUGGGGAUGGAUGAAUACCAUGAGUAUAACAUUCGCCCUCAAGGACCAUACGGAGGGCAACAGAGAGGAGGUGGUGCAUAUGGCGCAGGUGGUGCAUAUAGCGCAGGAGGUGCAUACGGCGCAGGAGGUGCAUACGGAGAGGGGGGUGCAUACGGAGGGGGCGGUGCGUACGGAGGGGGAGGUGCAUACGGAGGAGGAGAUGCAUACGGAAGGGGAGGUGCCUACGGAGGUGGAGGUGCAUACGGUGUAGGAGGUGCAUACGGCGCAGGGGGUGCAUACGGUGCAGGAGGUGCAUACGGUGCAGGAGGUGCAUACGGCGCAGGAGGUGCAUACGGCGCAGGAGGUGCAUACGGCGAAGGAGGCGCAUACGGAGCAGGAGGUGCAUACGCCGCCGGAGGUGCAUACGGCGCAGGAGGUGCAUACUGCUCAGAAGGUGCAUGUUGUGCAGAAGGUGCAUGUGGCGCUGGGGCUAUGUAUAGCAGCCAAUGUGCAUGCAGCGGCAUAAUUGUAUGUGGUGAAGAAGCUGCAUGCGGUGUAGGAGCUGCAUGCGUUUCCGGAGCCGCAUAUGCUUAUGGAGCUGCAUAUGAUGCCGGCGCUGCAGGUCCGGAAGGCGUUGCGAAUGCGGAAGGUGCUGCAUGCGCUGAAGACGCAGCACGCGUUGAAGGCGCAGCAUGCGAUGGUCGCGCUGCAUGUGCUGGAGACGCUGAAGGCGAUGCAUGUGAUGAAGGCGCUGUAUUUGCUGGAGGCGCUGCAUGCACUGACGGGGCUGCAUGCGCUGAAGGCACUACAUGUGAAGAAGACGGUUCAUGUGAGAAAGACGGUGUAUGCGCUGAAGAAGCUACUUGCGCGCAAGAAGCUCUUUGCGCGGACGGCGCUGGUGAAGAAGGUCGUGUGGAGGGAACAGGAGCUGGAACUGAAAAAGAAGGCGCUCUGGGCGGCGCAGCUGCUGAAGGUGAGGGCGCUGCGGGCGGCCUAGCUGUAGAAGCUGACACUGAAGAAGAGGGUGCUGUGGGCGGCGUAGCUGUAGGAGUUGGAGCUGAAGAAGAGGGCGCCGUGGGCGACGUAGCUGCAGGAGCUGGAGCUGAAGAAGAUGGCGCUUUCGGUGGCGUAGCUGCAGGAACUGGAGCUGAUAAUGCGGGCGCUGUGGGCGGCGUAGCUGCUGGAGCUGAACGAGGGGCUAGACCUAGAUCUCCAGCACGCUAUCGGAACGGCAACUAUCCUCGUCAUAUCCGCUUCCCAGUUAACGCUUACGGCGUGGUGGCUCUUCUGCCGCCACCUCAACGCUUCUGUGUCGGAUGUCACGUACCAUUGGGUAAUAUGAACAUGCACGUCAACAUUUGCGGGGCAUGCAACAUCCCGAUGCACCGUAGUGGCAAUCCAUUGCGCAACUACCAGCAAGUGCGUAACCCGAUUCGCCAGCACCGACUGCGUGACCAAAUGCCGCUGCGCGACCAAAACCCGCCACGCGAUGACAACCAACCGUCUCCCCCUGAGCACUACAAUAUCGCGCUGGGCGAUUUGGUGAUUCCGCCUCUCAGCCAAGAGUACUACCCGCCAAGAUAUUAUCAGAACCGCGUCAUCGUUUAUGGAGAGCCGUGCUUCUGCCCGCUGCCGAACUUAAUGGUGGACUUCGGUAUCGACUAUGAGAUGCCGCCGCCGGACGUGAUGCUGCGCCGCUGCAUCCACAACGUGCUCUCCGCCGUCUGCAACACCUGCGUCCCCGGAUGCUUCAUUCGUCCUUAUUAAAUAACCAAAUUCAAUCCAUAAAAAUAUUGAUGUUGUAAAAUAAAUGUUGGUAAAAUUAAUCGAUAUCAAAGAUAUGAUUAAAUUUUAUUAGAUGU